GCGAACCGGUCUAACAAACCCGAACCAAACGAACCGCCGGAGUGCAUUUGCGCCAUCCAAUGCUCCGUACGAGAAAACCAAUUCACCGGCUCCGCACGCUAUUUAAAGCACGAUCCCCAAAACUCUCUGGGAAACCCAUUCCGCCUCCGAUCGGCUCGCCGGUGAAGCCUUUACCUCGCCCAAUCCAUACAUCCAAUCUGAUAUUCGGCUCUGAAUCCCAUUUAUCUAAUGUGAAUGCCGGUGCAGAGGCUCGCAUGCAGGGGAGUUAUGUGGUAUUUUGUUUUGUAGGACGCUCUGAGGUUGAUCGGUGGGGUUAAGUGUCGUCGGAGGUGCGUCGAUGUCUAGCGCAAAAGCGAUGGUUGAGCCGCAGGUGGUUAGAGUGAAAAGGAAGGUGUUAUCAGCUUGCAUGACAUGUCCCCUGUGCCAUAAGCUUCUUAGGGACGCUACUGCCAUCUCGACAUGCCUGCAUACGUUUUGCAGGAAAUGCAUUGUAGAUUACUUCUCUGAUGAAGAUUGGGGUUGCUGUCCUAUAUGUAACAUUGGUUUGGGCCGCACUCCAGUGGAAAAGCUAAGGCCUGAUCACAACUUAGAAGUUAUCCGAACAAAAAUUUUACCCUAUAAAAGAAGAAAAUUUAAUGCUCCAAAAGUGUUACGUUUGACGACAUUGCCUAUCAGAAGAAAGGAAAGAUCACUAUCUUCAUUAGUGGAUGCUACUCCUGAAAUAAGAACUCAAACAGGAUUUAGGGAAGGAACAAAAGCAGCUGCGAAUGGGGCUUCUACAUUACGUGGAUUAAAUUCUUUAAAUGAUGAACAUGCCAAGAAAAGCGGUGAUAACAGUGAGCAUAUUAAAGAGAACUCUAGUAAGACUUUAAUAUGCUACCUUAAAAGGCAGAAUUCUUCAAAUGGGGAAAGAUCCGACAAAACAUCUUGUAAUAAGAGACAGCAUAGCAAUGAAAUUUUUGUUGAUAAAUCCAGUCUGCCAAGUCCUGCUAUUAAGGUUGAGGAAACAGUUAACUUUGCUAGUGAUGGUCACGUGCAUAAAGUGAAGGUUUGCGAACAUUCAUGCAAACUGAAAUUUCAAGAUGAAAUAAAAAAUGUUCCUACAUCCCCCGAGGCGGUUAAUGCUAGAAGAGUGCAUGGUGUUGGUAGGAAAAUAAAAGUGCUUAGGCCUUCAGCUCAAUCUGUGCUUGAUGCUGCCGAUGCUGGAUCUGAAAGGAGGAUCAUUCCAAUCUGGCUUUCUUUAGUUUCCUCGCCUGAAAGCAGGGGGGGAGAUACGAAGUUGCCAUAAAUAUCUGCAUCAUACUUAAGAAUCAAGGAAGGAAAUUUACCUGUUACUUUCCUGCAAAGUACCUUGUAAAGAAGCUAAAUCUUGCAAGUGAGGCAGAGGUGGAAAUAGCAUGCACAGGAAAGCCUGUGAAUCCAGCACUGUCACUGCAUGACCUAACUGAACAAAUUGCUUCAGGUGGGGAAGAGUUCAAGCUUCAGUUGCCACUUGAAAUCUGUCUCAACCUGAGCUCCUUUUUUCUUUUUAAAUUUAAUUUUUUUCCCAGGGCAAAAGUUUGCCUUUCAGGAAAUUUUCAAUUAUGGGAUUUUCCCCAUUUGGCUUUUUUUAUUUUAUUUUAUUUUAUUUAUUUAUGUUUUUGGUUGAAUUCAGCUUGAUCGAAUAUGCCACAAAGUGGUGCUCUAUUGAAUAUUUACAGAUAUUCCUAUUGUGAUCUAUUGGGAUGAGUUGAA